AUGGAUUUCUACGGCACAGCCGCGACCGCGAUCGACCAUGUCGUCAAAGUGACCUUAUUUAUCAAGGGGGUCAUUUCGGAUAUCAAGGACUACGAUGAUGAUAGGGCCACCAUCCAAUUGAAACUAGGUCUGCAGCUCACAUCGUUGGAAUUCUUCCGCCGGAGAUUCCUCGACGACAAACAUGGGCUACUGCUCCCCGGUCGACUCCCCGAAUGGAUCGCCGACACCAUUUGCAGUUUGCUGCUGAAGAUGAAGCGAGUGCUCGCGGAGUAUCAAGUGCUCGUGGGACGAUACGAGGAUUUCGACGAUAAGGUGAAAGCGGGUGGGGAGAAUGACAGUGUCGGUAAAAGGGAGAAGUGGAAGCAGUCCUUUUUUGAGCGAGCUAAGAGCCAGGCCAAAUCCCUUAAAAUGAAGGGCUACGACUGGUCCCUCUUUGAUAAAAAGAAAUUGCUGGGUAUUUUGGAAGAAUAUCAGGGCUGGACCAGCAACCUGCGGGAUGUGAUGCAGCACUUUUCUCAGGAAAUGGUCUACAGUCUCGCAGACCCAGCGUCGCCCGCGAACAACGAGAGCGAGAGCCUGGAGGGCACUGGUCUAGAACAGGUAGUUCAACGUCAGAAAUUGGUGUCAGCCCAUCCACCUGAUGAUUUUGAGGGACUUGAAGGAGAAAUCGUCGAGGAAGGAACCGCUUCAAACCGCUUCCAGCCUGCCCGCUGGACAUGUAAAGGCGAGUCUCAACAGGUCUUGGUUGAAUACCGCGAAUAUGACCGUCGUUUGCGUCUCGACGAUUUGGAUCCCGAAGAGAUUGAGGAAUUGAAGGCGCCGGUGAGAAACCUCGCAUGGCUUCUGCAAAACUCUACCUUCCAGGAUGGCGGCGGUAACGAUGCCGAAAUGCAACAACCCGCUAUUUACUCGCUCCAGUGCCUUGGGUUUAUAGACCAAGUGGAAGAAGAGCGAACGGUCUUUGUUUAUAAGCUGCCGUCCCUUCGAGCCGGUACCGAAACAAAAACUGGUAUCAAAAUCCUCACUCUGCAUGAGCUCAUUACCACAAUUGACGCCAAAACAAAACGACCGUUGAAACCGUCCCUUACGGAUCGGUUCAACAUUGCUCAUUGCCUGGCACUGACACUCUCAAACGUCCAUGCCUCCCUCUGGUUGCACAAGAAUAUUUGGAGCCGUGGAAUUCUUCUUUUCCAGCAAAGCGUGGUCUUGUUGGAGGUUGGUCUCUGGAAAACCAUCUCCCAGCUUUUUGACGCUCGGAUUAAAGAAGGUCAGCGGACUGGGAAACUGCCCAAGCCCAAAGAUGUGCGGAACGCUCUGGUAGCUUUGGCGCAAUCCGAGUUACCCCGUGAAAUGGGGAACGUGUAUGCGGGAGCAGUGGUGAGAUGCUUGACGAGUGACUUCCGAAAGGGCAGCGAUACGGAGCUCUCGCUGGACUUUAGAGAAAGAGUUGUAGACGCCAUUGCCGCCGGGAUGGACUUGUGA